AUGUCGGUGAGAUCUGCAUUGAGAGCGAUGCACACCGUCGCCCGCGUGGCUGGACCAUCGCGCGCCGCCAUCCCCGCCCGUUCAGCGAUACAGCCUCGACUACGAUCCCGGCAAUCUUCACGAUCGAUCGCAUCGAGCUCGCGCACCUCAGAAUCUCCAUCAGCUAGCUCGUCUCAGACACCCAUUGGUAGCAGUAGCAGCAGCAGUCCACACCACACCACGCACAGCGCACCAGAUGCAAGCACACUUCUGCUCCUUGACUCGAUCCCACACAUCCCACAAUAUGGCUUCACCCGGCAGGCCUACCUGCGCACCUCUGCCGACCCCCUCGACACCGACGAGCUGUCCAAACGCAUGCGCGUCGUCUCGACGCUCUUCCCUGGUCCGGAGUCCUCCUUUGACGCGAAGCUGUUUGAAGCGUGGAACAGCCUAUGCGACCUAUCUGUGAUACACGGUGUCUCGCCCGAAACCGUGCUGGCGUCGCUGCGGACCGGGGAAGAAGCGGGCAAGACGCAGGGUAAGCCCGUGAACACGCGCAAGAAUCUCUCCAAGGCAGAGGAGCGGGCGGCGAUAGAGAAGGUAGCAGCUGUGAUUGAAGAAAGGUUGCGACUGAGCUGGUCCGUUCGGGGGCAUCUGACACAGGGUAUCACAUCCUUGUCCACCUUGUCGCCAACAUCAUCGACCCUCCACUCGGUGUUUCCGCACCAAACGGUGCUACCCAACCUACCCACGCCUCUUCCGCUGCUAAAUCUCACCUCGGGCUUCAUCUCGACGGUGCUGACGCAUCCGACUGUCCAAGCGCGCACGGGGUACAUCGACCCGGAUGGUCCCGACUGGUAUUCGUUGCGGACGAGGCUGACGCUCGCAUAUACCGCAGCAACACUUCACGCUGCCUCGCCGAGCAUUGCGCACUUUCAGGACACGCAGCGGCUGUUCAGACGGGCUGUGGAGGGGAGGGAGACGGGGUUGGCAGCCACACUGGGCGGGAUAGCCGGCAAUGCCGGUGAAUGGGUGCGGUGGGGUGGGAGGGGCUGGUUGGGCGUUCUCAGGAGUCUAGGUCUAUAA